GCAUGAGUAAAGUUUUUGUGCAAGAAAUCAGCCUGUUUUCAUUUCAACAAAACAUUUUGAUUUUCGAACCCGCAAAAAUAAUGGUGGGCGCAAUGCCUGUUAAUUUACUACCAAAAUUUUGCAACGGUGCCAUGGACAGUUGUAAUGGCGUCGAUGGAAAUGAUAAUAACGUCUAUAUUGGUAGUCGUGUGAAAUGUAAUGACGAUUUCGGGACUGUUAGGUAUAUUGGUGAGGUUCAGGGCUACAAGGGAUUAUGGUACGGCAUAGAAUGGGACAACGAGUCCAGAGGCAAGCACGACGGGUGCUUAGAUGGCAUCCAGUACUUCAAGACUUCCAAACCUAGUGCCGGUUCUUUUGUUCGUCCAAACAAGAUCAUCCCAUCGAAGACUUGCGCGGAAGCCAUAAGACAAUAUUAUGGAGAUCCGGAGGACGAAACAUUAGCUGCUCACCGCAGAACCAUCAUCAAUGAAUGGAAGAGGGAAAUGGGAGCGCCUUUCAUCGAAAUGGUUGGUUUUGAAAAAAUACACCAAAAACAGAAAUUUGAUCGCUUACUAGAAGUAUGCGUUCACGACCAGAAUGUAUCAAGAGCUGGUGAUGUGUCUUCUCUAUGUCCCAACGUGAGAAGCCUUGACGUCUCACGUAACCUCUUCUCCAACUGGCGUGAGGUCAUACAACUGUCUGCUCAACUACCAGACUUGAGAGAUUUGGAUGUUAGCAAGAACCGUAUGCUCAUUGAUGCGCCCACAGAAAUACUUGCACAACUUUCAAUCAACUUUUCCAAGCUUGAAAAGAUCAAUCUUUCUGUCUGCGAUUAUACAUGGACGGACAUAUUGAAAUUAUCACAUUUAUGGCCUAAGAUACAUGAGAUAAUAGCUGCCUACAAUCGUAUAGAUGAAAUCGAACCACCGCUUGUAACUCUGAGGAGUUUAUCUGUGCUGAGACUGGAUGGAAACCCGAUCACCUCUUGGAGUGAAGUGAUGAAUCUUGGUGCUCUCAAUCUGAAGGUUUUGAGUUUGAACGACUGUCUCAUUGCGGAGAUUAGGUUCGGUGAUGAUUGGAAUCAGAGAGUUGAGACAUUUAAAAAUUUGGAGAUUUUGUUUUUGAAUCGAAAUAGGAUUAAUGAUUGGCGUUCCAUAAGUGAAUUAAACAAACUCAGCUCGUUGAAAAAGCUUUAUUUCCUCAAGAAUCCGAUACAAACCACCGAAGACUACGACACAGGAUCGCAGCUGGUUGUCGCUAAGAUUGGCACUUUACAGGAAUUGAAUGGCUCAAUAAUAACCGGGGAGUUGCGUAGGGGCGCUGAAUAUGAUUACCUGAAGCGUUACGGUGGAGAAUGGAAGGUCGCUCAGCUCGAUGUUGAGGCGAAAGCGGCCUUCGAUGCCGAACAUUGUCGCUUUGAGGAGCUCAUCCGUAAAUACGGAAUACCGGAAGACAGCCUCUUGGUCAAGCUGCCGAAAAUAACGACGCUGACAUCGCAACUUUUAGAAGUAACAUUGAGAGACGAAAACGGAAAAUCGUUUAAGAAAAAGUUCCCAUCUACGAUGGCCGUCCAGAAGCUGGUCACACUGUCGCAGAGAUUGUUCUCGAGAGCCGGCAACACCGGUACACCUCUACUGUAUGUUCUGGAUGAACAAAUGGAUGGGGCUGAAAUAUAUCUCGACAAUUCUAUGAAGGAUCUCGCUUAUUAUUCGAUUAAAAAUGGCGAUGUUAUUCUAGUUAAAUUCAGAUAGAAAUAUGUGAGAAUAUAUUAUGUUAUUCUUGUCAAUUUUUAUUACGCUAUGCGUUUUGUUUAAGAAGUAUUUAGACACGAUCCAAAAGAUGACUGAAAUAAAAUUGUUAAGUAGAAACCGCAUGUGGUUGGAAAAAGUACCAUCCAUACAAAUUGGCGUGAAGUCUGACAACACUGAAGGCAGUAUGCGUUGUAAUUGGCGCGUAAUUUAAUUUGAAACAUCAAAGAGCUUUGUAAAUAAGUAUUUGACGAAAAAUUUAUUGUCUCAAUUGCGAUUAAUUUUCGUGGAGUUUAUAAACGAAUAUUUAUUUUUAAA